AUGCAUCUGAGCGCGAACGAGGGGAUCGAGGGCGUGCGGUUCGCCGUGACGGGCGGGCAGGGCUUCGUCGGAGCUGCCCUCUGCCUCGAGCUGCUCCGCCUUGGUGCCCGCGAGGUCCGGUCCCUCGACCUCCGCGCCUCCUCCUCCUGGUCCCAGCAGCUCCUCGACGCCCGUCCGCACCAUCCAAGGAGUGAUAAAAGUACUCGUCUUUAUACAUGUGCAAUUCGCCCUGCUGCUAUAUAUGGACCAGGUGAAGAGCGUCAUCUUCCAAGAAUCCUGUCCCUUGCAAAGUUGGGAUUAGCAUUCUUCAAGAUUGGGGGCCCAGAUGUCAAGACAGAUUGGGUGUAUAUAGAUAAUUUAGUUCUUGCUCUGAUAGUGGCAAGCAUGGGACUUUUAGAUGACAUUCCUGACAGGAAGGGAACCCCUGUAGCAGCUGGUCAGGCGUAUUUCAUCUGCGACGGAUCACCAUGCAAUACUUUUGACUUUAUCAUCAAGCCCUUAUUUCAAAGUUUGGAUUAUUCCAUUCCUCAAGUGAUGCUGGAUACCUCUGUUGCCCUUGCCAUUUCAAGAAUAUUUUUAUUCAUAUCUACACUGUUCUAUCCAUGGCUUGAUAGUAAAUGGAUGCCUCAGCCUUUAAUUCUCCCUGCUGAAGUGUAUAAGGUUGGUGUUACACACUACUUUUCGUUCUUGAAAGCUAGAGAGGAACUCGGCUAUGUACCUAUGGUGAGGCCUCACGAAGGCUUAGCUGCGACAAUCUCAUAUUGGAAGAACCGGAAGAGAAGGGAACUGGAUGGCCCGACCAUAUUUACUUGGUUGGCUGUAACAAUUGGAAUGCUGGCUGUGUUUUCUGCUGCUUGUCUUCCACCAGUCGGCCCAUUGAAAUGGGUGCUCGACAUCCAUCUGUUUGUUUUUCGCUCGAUGCUUGUGAUCCGGCUGGUCUUGGUGAUAGCAAUUGCAUUGCAUUUUGGCGAAGCCGUGUAUGCCUGGUUCUUGGCGAAAAAAGUUGAUCCAAGGAAUGCCACUGGGUGGUUUUGGCAAACCUUUGCUCUAGGGUUAUUUUCUCUCCGGUAUCUUCUCAAGAGAGCAAGGUGA